GACGGAAUUGCCGAUCUACUCCAACGAAGCGGUGCCGUAGCGGCAAAGACAGGAGGGCAUAUGGAUCCCCAGCGGUCACUCCAUCGAUAUUCGAAUCGCAGCAGGUGACCGAGAACGAACGAAGCAGCACGAAAGCGAAGCGGCUCCAUCGGAAGAGCCUUCCCCCAACACCACCGAUCGCCCAUGGACAACGAGCCCAUGGAAUCGGCGGCGCUCAAGGGCGGCGGCGAGGACAACUCCGCCGCCGCCGCCACCGCCACCGCUGCCACCAUCGACUCCUUCCGCGAGAUCACCUCCGCCACCCGCGAGGAGGCCGUCUUCUUCCUCGAGAGCCACAAUUGGGACCUCGACGCCGCCGUCUCGACGUUCCUCGACAGCAACGCCCUCGCUGACGCCGACCCGCCGCCCCCGCUCCCCGUCCCGGACCCCGCCCCGGCUUCCCCCAACUCGCCCUCCCGGUCGCCCUCGGCGUCGCCGGCGCAGUCCCCGUCGCUGUCGUACUCCCCGUCGCGGUCCCCGUCGAGGUCCCGAUCGGCCUCGCCGGCCAGGCCCCCUUACGAGCUCCGCUCGCGCCGGGCCGCCGAGGCGAAGAAGAAGCCGGACAAGCCGUCCGGCAGCAGGGGGGCGCGCGGCGUCCGCACGCUUGCGGAUCUGAACCGGCCGGUCGAUCACGACUCUGACAGCGACUCCGAUGAACCGCGGGAGUACUAUACUGGCGGCGAAAAAAGCGGAAUGCUUGUCCAAGAUCCCACCAAGGGGAAUGAUGUGGAUUCAAUUUUUAGUCAAGCGAGACAAAGGGGCGUGGAAAGACCUGCUGAUAACCAGUCAUCAAGAUCAAGAAGCUUUACUGGACGAGGGAGGUUGCUUUCUGGGGAUGUCGUCUCAUCUACUCCUGAGCACCCUGAAGUGGUCACUCACACGAUUACGUUUUGGCAGAAUGGAUUUACUGUUGAUGAUGGUCCUCUGAGGAGGUUGGAUGAUCCUGAAAAUGCUCAAUUCUUGGAGAGCAUCAAGAAUUCAGAGUGUCCUCAAGAAAUUGCUCCAGCUGAUCGGAGGACCGCAGUGCAUGUUGAUCUUGUGAGGCGCGAAGAACCCCACGCCGAACCAAAGAAGCGCCAACUUCCAUUCCGUGGAACGGGAAGAACUCUAGGCAGCACAAGUAGCUCUCCUGCUGCCUCUGAACCUGCUGCUGCUGCCUCUUCCCUUAAUACUUCGCCAGCUCCAUUCAUGGGUCUAGUGGUGGAUGAUUCGUCACCGUCCACUUCAAUUCAACUUAGGUUAGCCGAUGGGACGCGCAUGGUGUCCCGCUUCAACUAUAGCCAUACGAUCCAGGAUAUUCGUGCUUUCAUCGAUGCGUCCAGGCCUGGCGGGGAAAGAAACUACCAGUUGCAGACUAUGGGGUUCCCUCCCAAGCAACUCAAUGAUCUGGAUCAGACAAUAGAGCAAGCUGGAAUAGCCAAUUCGGUGGUUAUCCAAAAGUUCUAAAUGGCUUCUUGGGAGAAGUUGAAAACGCUACUCUCAGAUUAAAUUAAGCUCCAUUGCAUGUUUAUUAUUUACAAAACUUGCCCUUGAAUGAGAUCCAAACGACCCUAAGGAGCCAUAUUCUUGCUGCUAAGCAAGAGUUUUGCUUGUUAAGUGUGGAUGUCAAUCUUAUUGAAUUCCUCAGUUAAAACCCAUUAUAUUC